CAGCUACAAAAGGCCCCCGCGCGAUAGUCACAGACCUUUCGUUUGGCUCGAAUCUUCCACUACAGAGUUAUUCAUAUAUUUCAUCACUCUUCACACCUCACCCCAUCUAAUCUGAUGCUCACACGUACGUGUCAAAGAACCGGAAUUAGUCUAAAGACCUUUUGCGUACGUGGGCUACUCAGGAGGAGCCCGGUAGAUGCUAGCAUGUCACCGCGAGGGGACACGUAUCGUAUAAUAUCAAAACGCCAUCCGAUGACGAGUUGAUCAGUUUGGUUAUUCACAGAGUCGAGAGAGGAUGACGCGAGGGAGAGCAGAGAGAAGCAGGGAGGAUGAGGAGGAUGGUGGGAAGGUACAAGGAGAGCUGUACGCCCCGGAACAUGCCAUCCAAAUGACGACGGGAGAUGAGAAGAUGAAGAAGAAGAGUCAGACUAAGGAUGACAAGAUAAAGGAGAGGGUCUUGGAGAAGCUGAGGGCCAUGAACGGUGUCUCUGUCUCCCAGGAGGCGGUGGAGAGGGUCGGUGCAUUGGAGCCGCUGCACCGACUGAAGCAGCUUUUGGUGGACAUCUUCCCCAUCCUCUCCCCUGCCACCGCCUCUCGCAUGGUGGAUGAUGCUGCCGAUGAGGUUGAGGCUCUCUCCUCUACCUCCUCCCCUCCCUCCAAGCUUUGAUAUUUUUCUACUUCCUUCCGGCCUUUCUGCCUGCUUCUUUUUAAUUCCUGUUCUUUUUUUCCUUUCCAAAUGAAGGUUCAUCUUCGCAUCCCCUUUCACGGCU